AUGGAAACAAAACUGCCUGACAAUUCUGUUUCUCGUGUGCGGCAAUCUCUUCGCUUUCCGAAUGGUUUGGAAUCUCCUCGCUCUGGGUUAAGUGGUGGACUCUUGUUACUAUGGAAGGAUGAAGUAGAGAUUUCUUUGUUACACAUGGGUUCCACUUUUUUUGACUGCUACAUGACGAUAGAAAAUAGCCUCACGGUUCAUUUAACUUGUUUCUAUGGUGCCCCAGAAGUUUACAAUAGACAAGCUUCUUGGACUUUAUUGGAAAGACUUGCGGAUGUUGCUCCUCAUCUCCCUUGGUUUGUUAUUGAUCUGAAUCCCAAAUGGAUGCGUUCCGCAAAGCAAUUGACAAAGGCUGUCUUUCUGAAACUCCCGUUGAUGGUGAUCCCUUUACUUGGGCAGAAUCGGGCAACAACUAACACUCUUAAGGAGCGUCUAGAUUUGUGCUUUAUCAACAACCAUUGGGAUUCUUUCUUUGAGAGCCCUCAAGUGCAUCAUCUUGACUAUUUCCAAUCGAACCAUCGUGCCAUUAGUGCCACCAUCAGCCUCCUGUCCACUCAAACCACCAGCAAAAAAAGGAAAAGUCGCUUCAGGUAUGAGAAGUUAUGGCUGUCUGAUCGUGACAGCAAGAGUAUAAUUGCUGAAAAUUGGUUACAACACGAUAGCAAUGACCCUAUUGCUGUUGUCAUCUCUAAUUUAAACACUUGUGCUGGUAAACUCCAACUUUGGCAUGACCAUAAAUAUGGAAAGAUGAAGAAGAACAUUAAAGAAUGUCAAUCUAGAGUUGAACAGCUCAAUAAUUCCUUCAACCAAAGCAGCAGCCAUUUUGAUGAAUUAAAGAAUGUUGAAUCCAUCCUUGAUGAGUUGUUGGAACAAGAGGAGGUGUACUGGCAACAACAAUCUCGUGUUGAUUGGCUUGCUUACAUAUCAGCUAUUGUUCAAGAUUUUUAUGCUGAUCUUUUCACGGCUGGUGACCUUGAUGAGUGUGCCCUUGCUCAUACACUUGAUUGUAUUCCCACCUUGGUUACAAAUGCUCACAAUGAUGCUCUCCUUGCUCCAUUCACAACAGCCGAAGUUGAUAGUGCUCUAAAAUCUAUGAGUUCGGAUAAAAGCCCGGGAAUUGACGGAAUGUCGUUCAUGUUUUACCAACAACAUUGGUCAAUUGUUGGAGACCUUGUAUCACGUGUCGUACUUAACAUACUCAAUCAUGGUGCUGACCCCACAAGCUUCAAUCACACUCUGAUCACACUCAUUCCCAAAAUCAAGAAGCCUCAUCACAUGAAGGACUUUCGGCCUAUUAGUCUCUGCAAUGUCAUUUCCAAAUUGGUAACCAAAAUGAUUGUCGCGCGAUUCAAAGAAGUUCUUCCUUUGGUUAUUUCUGAAAUGCAAAGCGCAUUCUUGGCUAAUAGAUUGAUCACUGACAACAUCCUAGUGGCUUUUGAACUGGUGCAUGCGAUAAAAAACAAGACUGCUGGGAGACAUGGCAUUGCUUCUCUUAAACUGGACAUGAGUAAAGCUUUUGAUAGAGUUGAAUGGAAAUUCAUUGAAGAAGUCAUGAAAAAAAUGGGUUUUGCUCCUAGUUGGGUCAAGAUUAUCAUGAGUUGCCUCACUACAAAUAGAUUCUCCUUCCUGGUUAAUGGUGAAGUCACGAGUUCUUUGACACCAACAAGAGGUUUGCGCCAAGGCUGCCCUUUAUCUCCUAACCUGUUUUUGAUAUGUGAUGAACGUUUAUCAAGAUUGUGGCAACAUGAGCAAGAUCUGGGCAAUAUACAUGGUUUUAAACUCACCAGACGAGCUCCCAUGAUUUCACACUUGCUCUUCGCUGAUGAUAGCCUCCUUUUUUAUCAAGCUGAUGAAAGCUCCUGUCUAGCUAUAAAGCGGGUUUUGGACACUUAUCAUCGAGCAUCCGGCCAAUUAAUCAAUCGAGACAAAUCUGUUAUGUCCUUCUCCCCCAACACCACCUUGGCUGCUCAAAUUUUCUUUCAUCGACACCUCUCAAUGCCAAUCAGCGAGUGUCAUGAACGAUACCUAGGACUACCAUCUUACUCAGGGAGAGAUAAAAAUGAACUCUUUAGCAACAUUAAGGAGCGGAUUUGGAAACUCAUGCAAUCUUGGAAUGAAAAACUCUUCUCUGCUGGUGGCCGUGAAGUUCUUUUGAAAGCGGUAGUUCAAUCAAUCCCAACAUAUGCUAUGAGUUGUUUUCGUUUGCUUGUUUACUUUCGCAAUCAACUUGAGAGCAUGAUGUCCAACUUCUGGUGGGGAAUGAAUGAAAAUGGCUCCAAAAUUCACUGGCGAUCUUGGAAUUUACUAUGCAAAACUAAAGGAGAAGGUGGAAUGGGCUUUCGAUCCUUCAUACAAUUUAAUCAAGCUCUUCUAGCCAAACAAGCUUCGCAGCUCAUUGACAAUCCAACCUCACUCCUUGCUACACUUCUCAAAAGCAAGUAUUUUCCUAACAACUCCUUCUUAGAGGCGAGUAUGGGCCAUUCUCCUUCCCUCACAUGGCAAGGGAUUCGCUGGGGUCGUGAGCUGUUGGUUCAUGGUUUAAGGUGGAAAAUUGGCGAAGGUAGAUCAAUUAGAAGUGGUUUUGAUCCGUGGAUUCCUGGACAUACAACUUUUUUGCCUAUGACAUACUCUGGUCCUUCCAAUGGUGUGGUAGCGAAUCUUAUUACUGAUGAAAGACAAUGGAACACUCCCUUGCUACAACAAUACUUUAGUCCUAUUGAUGUAGAAAAGAUUCUCACAUUACCGUUGAGUUACUUUCCCACUACAGAUAAACUCAUAUGGCACCAUCACUCUUCGGGAAACUUCACGGUCCAAAGUGCUUACCACCUUGCCACUUCAUUAGAGGAUGAAGACCUUAGUUCCCCUUCUAGUCCAGCAGUUGCUUGGUGGAAGCUAUUUUGGUCUCUUCAAGUCCCUCAGAAGGUGAAGAUCUUUGCUUGGCGUGCUAUACAUGAUGCUCUGCCCGUUGCUACCUCGCUUGUUCGACGAAAGAUCAUCACGGAUUCCACUUGCUCCAUUUGCAAACAGGCAUGGGAAUCAACGGGGCAUGCUCUUUUCAGUUGUAAGUAUGCCAAGGCUGUUUGGAGAUCUUUGAAUUUGAGUUUUAACUGGUGUGCUGCUACAAACAUGAAAAAUAGAGAUUAUGUGACAUAUUUAUCCUCCAUUUACAAUAAAGUUGAAAUGGAACAACUCCUUUGUACAAUGUGGGCGAUAUGGACUGAGCGAAACAACGUCAUCCAUGGGAAGAAUGCACGGCGUGCGAAGAACUUGGCUGUCUUUGCCACGGAUUUUCUUCAGAACUUUAGAGCAGCCCAACACAAUGCUGCUUGUGUUAGUUCAGGCUCUGCAACAGCCACACCAGCAACCUCUCACCAACAGCAAUCUCACACUCGGCCACCUGCUUCUAUUCCCUGGCGUCCACCAGCGGCUUGCGCAUUUAAACUCAACACAGAUGCUGCUGUUGACGUUUCUUCACACAUUACAGGUAUAGGUGUAAUCCUAAGAGACGCAAAUGGACAUGUUAAAGCUUGCGCACUUAUGGUUGUCAAUGCUUUGAAAGCUCCCUUCAAUUCAAAUUUAGAGUUUUCAGAUUUAAUUAUUGAUGUUCUUAGUCUUUUAUCUUUUUUCCCAAAUGUAAAUGUUUCUCAUGUCAAUCGUGUUGCCGAUUCGGCAGCGCAUGGACUUGCUAAAUUUGCAUUAGGGGUAGAUGAGACUUGUACUUGGUUGGAGAUUAUUCCUCCACCUAUAUACUCUAUUAUUGUAAACGAAUCGUUGUUUGUUUAA